UCUCCUCAGGGAGCGCGCCUCGCCCCCCCCCCUCACCUGCUCCCUUCCCUGGAGCCGGCUUCACCAUGGAGGCGCAGAAAGAAGCUCUGCAAAGGAUUAUCUCCACAUUAGCUCACAAAAAUGAUGAAAUUCAAAACUUCAUUGAAACUUUAAACCACACUUUAAAAGGUGUACAGGCUAAUUCUUCCGGUGUAAUUGCUGAGUUGGAUGAGGAGUUUGAUGGCUUAUACUCAAUACUUGAUGAAAUGAAAGAGAGCAUGAGAACUAGUAUCAAGCAAGAACAUGCUCAUAAAACCCAAGAACUUCAGAAUCAGCUUAGCCAAUGUAAUAAUGCCCUGGAGAACUCUGAAGAAUUGCUAGAAUUUGCUGCACGGUCACUGGACAUAAAGGAUGCUGACGAUUUUUCAAAGGCUGCAAGACAGAUCAAGGAUAGAGUCACAAUGGCUCCAGCGUUCCGUCUGUCUUUGAAACCCAAAGUGAGUGACAACAUGACACAUUUGAUGGUGGACUUCUCUCAGGAAAGACAAAUGCUCCAGGCUCUAAAGUUCUUGCCAGUACCCAAAGCUCCGGAGAUAGUUUUAACAGACUGCCUUGUAGCUGACAACUCUGUAACAGUAUCAUGGCAAAUGACAGAAGAAGACAACAAAAUUGAUCACUACGUACUAGAAUACAGAAAAACCAACUUUGAUGGACUUCCUCGAGUAAAAGAUGAGAGGUGUUGGGAAACUAUAGACUAUAUUAAGGGCACUGAAUAUACAUUAUCGGGUCUGAGGUUUGAUUCAAAAUACAUGAACUUUCGUGUCCGAGCUUGCAACAAGGCUGUGGCUGGGGACUAUUCUGACCCAGUGACUUUAGAGACCAAAGCUCUUAUAUUCAAUCUGGAUGGUUCAUCGUCUCAUCUUAAUUUGAAAGUUGAAGAUUCUUAUGUUGAGUGGGAUUCGACAGGAGGCAAAAGCCAAGAAAAUAAAAUAAAAGGAAAAGAGAACAAAGGCAGUGGCCCGAUUACCCUUCUGAAGAACCAUUCAAGAAGCGGCACUCCCUCUCCAAAGCGAUCAUCCGUUAGUUCACGCUCACCUUUGAUAAGAGGCAGCAGAGAUAGAUUUACUGGGGAAUCCUACACCGUGUUAGGAGAUACUACUAUUGAAAACGGGCAACACUACUGGGAAGUGAAAGCCCAGAAGGAUUGCAAAUCCUACAGUGUGGGAGUCGCAUACAAAAAUUUAGGGAAAUUUGAUCAAUUGGGAAAGACUAAUACAAGUUGGUGUGUACAUGUAAAUAACUGGCUCCAGACUACAUUUGCAGCCAAGCACAAUAACAAAGCGAAAUCACUCGAUGUCCAAGUUCCAGACAGGAUAGGAGUCUAUUGUGACUUCGAUGGAGGUCAGCUUUCUUUCUAUAAUGCAAACUCAAAGCAGUUGUUGUACACCUUCAAAACAAAAUUUACCCAACCGCUAUUACCAGGUUUUAUGGUUUGGUGUGGUGGUCUCACCUUGACAACAGGACUGCAGGUGCCAACUGCUGUGAAAACGCUUCAGAAGAGUGAAAAUGGAUUGAGUGGUUCAACCAGUAGCUUAAACAAUGUUGCCCAAUGAUGUUUCCAGUUCUAGGUUAACUGCUUUUCUUUGCAGGUGUUAUUCAGAGAGUUUGUGAUCAACGGUUUAAUGUGUUCCUGCAACUUCUAAGGUCUGAGCACCACUAGUGCAAAAUGUUUAGGGCUGAACUGAAGUGUUAGCAGGAGUGUACUGUGAAUCUGCAGUGUAAUAGGAAUAUAGACAUCAUUUCUUUUUAGAGAAGACAUUUGAGGUUGUAGCGAUGUGCUUGUUAGACUAAAUUUGACUACUUGUCUUUGCUACAUGUCAUACUGGAAUCAGCUGAGCACCCAUUAGACAAGUAUGAUCUUAGCCUAAAAGCCCUCAUUACUUCUCUCUAGGAUUUCUCCCUGCCCUUGAAAAACGUAGGUGAGCUAGGGAUCAUACGCUGAAGCUUUGAACUUUCUAAAGCCUGUCUGAAUUUCUACAACUCAGUAUAAUGGAAGGGGAGGGAAAACACAUUGUUCUGUUUUGAUCAGUAUCCUUUGAUUAAAGUCGCUAUUACACCCUCAGGCAUCAUGGCUAACUCUGCCCAGGGUCUGCAUAAUCAUCCCAAGUAAUGCAUUGUAAGAUGGGAUUUGAGCACAAUGUCCAUUAACCUCAUGGAAUGCUUUGUGGAAUGGAAGAUGUCACUUAUAUUUCACUAUUGUUAAGAUCAUAGUAUUUGAGACCAGACAGUUUAACUUAAGGAACUUUCUGAAGUGCUUCCAUUUUCCCUAUGUUAAAUGUGUGUUCUGUAAUGAGGGGAUUUCGUCACAUUUUUGUUUCUAGUCUCAUCCAUGUUCAUAGGAGUCCUUUAGUUUUACUGAAUGGGCAGACAUCAGCAUGUACUUCAUGUUUGUACACUUACUUGAGGUAAGCUUACACUGUAUAUCUACUCAAGUUGUAUUUCUUGAGUAGACAUAAUUUUGGUCCGUAAACUAAUCGCUUGCUUCAAUUCUUAGCUUUCAGGUUGAGUCCUGAAAGCUGUGCUUAAUGGACUCAAAACUAUAUAACUGGAUAACUCUUGGAUGCAUCAAACACCUUAAUUUUGUAUCAUUGUAAAAGCCCUGUAUUCAGCCUUAAAGGCCCUAAAUGGUUUUUGCUUCAAGCCUCUAAAGCGUUUUCCCUUUAGAUAUAAAAAGUGGAUUGUACAUUCCAGUUUUGAAAGCUCUGUAACUCCUGUGUCCCUUACAUAGUGUCAGAAGUAUAUAUUAAGGCCAUAAGCGGCAUAUUCAGAUUUGGCCUUGGCUUCCUAUUAAUUCUUCCAAUAUAGCACAGUGUUGUUGUUGUUUUCUUUUCUUUUUUUACUUUCUGUUGAUCGGCUGUCUGUCUGAUAAAUUUCACAAAAGAGUAUUUUUCUAAUACAACACGUCUGGUUAGAGGGGUUUUUCCAUUUUUGAGAAAUGGAUACAUUCAACCUUAGUAAUGUAGUAAUUCACUUUGGAUAUUUAACUUCAACUGAAGUAUGUAAACUCCUUCAUCAGAAUCCUUUAUGUGGCUAUAUUUAUCUGAUCAGUUUCCUCAAUUUUUCUCUUACAAAAAAAAUUCCUUGGCGGUAAAUCAGUCUAAAGUUUCUUAUGUCUACAAAAUUCAAUCUGCUUAAAUCCCUCUUCUACCCAAUUUUAUCAUGGAUUCUAGCUAUCAAGAAGCCCAUUAUAUACUCCAAUGUGGAAUUCUGUACUCAUCGUGUACCGAUUCAUUUUAUAUUUGCAGCAGUUGACCUCAGAUUUUUAUUCUUUGCACAUUUGAUUUGUGAAAUUAAGACUUUGAAAAAUGGUUUGAAGAUCAAAUGCCAACUACUGUUUGGGUGAAAAUACAGUAUGCUAAAUACCUUAUUGAUGCUUUGAGUACUGUAAAAUGAGCUAAUUAGUCUGGCUCCUGUUGAGAUGCUCUUAAAAUUUGAAUGAUCCCAUUUAGGUGUAAGGUCCUACUAACUAUUUAGUGUGGUCCAAAAGCAGAAAGCGUCUUUCAGAGACACAUGCAUGUGUGCAAGAUCUAUCCAAUUAUUCAGAAAUCUUUGUGAAUUUUCCACAACUCCACAGAUCUGCAAUUUAUCUUUAUUCCAGAUGCAGCACUAGUGUUUAGAGGCUCUUAACAUGCAUCUAGAAGCAUAAAUUGAUAUAGAGGUGUAGGUUAUUUACCUUUAUGGGAAGAAUAAUUACUGUGAAAUAGUCUUGAGAUACAGGUGCUUACUUCUGUUGCUGCUCAACAGCUUAAUGAAACGGGGGUAUGCCAACAAGAGGAAAUGCCUUAAGCACUUUAGACAUUUUUCUUAGUUUAUGAUACUUCUGAGCUAACAACCCUGAUUGGUUCUCAUUCUGUGGCAAGCAUGCUGUUGCUAAUGCAGUUGAGCAAAAUGAUUACUCAGUUUAAUUAUGUUGACUCUUCAGGUAGACAUGCUAGAUUGGUAACAAAGCAUAGAAUUUCCCCAGUGUGUACAUAUUUUGUCUCCUUAUUCGUUGUAAAAUUUAAAGUAUUUUUGUAUUUGUAGCUAUUGGAGGUUUGUUUUUGUAUAUUUACAGGGAAGUGCAAAUGUGUAUUGCUAAUUAGUGUUCAGAGAUUACGAACUUUCAAUUCACUGUAACAUAAUUAUGUAACAAAACUUGACUCCCUUUUAUGGAAUACAGUAGCGAACUGACUCUUCAAUUAAAUCUAAGUCUAAAAUUAUGUGAGCUUGCCGAGAGGUUUCAAAAGACCAGCUGAAAGCCCAAGCCAGAUGAACAAUACUACAAAUGGGAUUGUAAGGGUUUAAUAAUAAUUGAAUGUUAUACAACGGCUAUACAAAACAGAUGCUGAGACCUGAGUUUAAGCUUCAGGGCUAUGUAACAAAGUCCACAAAAUCCUCCUCCUCUGUCUCUACCCUGUUCUCUACCCUGUGUGCUGGGACUGGAUUCCUUUUUAUGGUGCAGAACAGGUCAGAGGCUUCAAACUGUUAUCUGGACAAAUUUUGGUAUUUAAAUUAUGCAAGUUCUAACUUGGUGUUGUAGUAUUUCAGCAGAGUAUAUUAGUGUAUGGGUGUCACCCUUCCCUCUUUGGUCAUUAUUUUUGUCUUUGGCAUUAAACUGAAGUGUUCCAAAAGCUUAUUGACUUGAAGGGGAAACCCAAACUUGUUUGUCACCCCACAUAUUCCUGUUAUUUGGGCAGCUGAAGCUCACGGUUUAGUUUUCACCACUGGUAAAUGUGUCUGCAUGUGCCUUUUCAAAAUGGCUCCAUAUCAUUCAUUGCUCUGCUCAUGGCAUAAGGUGUUGAGACUAGAAUGCAUAUUAUAUUAUCACACUGAUCUAAUUAAACAGGGAAAUUGCGCAUUGACAGUACCUCAGGUAAUCAGUGCAUCAUUCUUUAUCCUUGUCAAGUAUCCUAAGACAACAGUCCUACCUGCCAUAGCAACACUGUACAACUGGGGUGCCUUAAAGCCCAUGUAGUGUUUUUAUUUGCUGUGUCUUUAAUUCAAAAACAUCUUAACAGGAGUUUUGUAUUAAUAAACUUUUGAA